AUGUCAACCGCUGCUUCUCGGUAUGCGGAGUACGGUUCAGCAUGUCCACGAUGUCAACAAAUCAUCAGUACGAUUGAUCUUACAUUUCAACAAGGAAUUUUCAUCUACGAUUUAACAUUUAUUCAACAAGAGUUGGAAUCGGCUCUUGUUGCUGCUUUACAACGUGAAAAUGAACUUCUACAACAAGAUGGAAAUAUGUUAAAACUGCCAUCUUCAUCUAUGGUACGAUUAGCAAACGGUAAAAGUCCUCGAGAUUUCAAAGCCGAACGCGAACGACGACGUAAAGCGCUUAGUGGACACGGGAAACGCAAACGUCGAAUGAAAAAGACGUCUGCUCAAUAUCUUCUGAAAACUAUUAAAUGCGAACGAAAGCCAAAUGGAUUUUUCUCGCCGAAAAAAGAUUCUUCCUAUGCAAAAAUGCGAUCAGAUAGUAAUGGAAAUUCUUCGCGACCAAUCAGAUCUUAUCGAUCGAUGAAUUUCACGUUUCCAUACUGUUACGAGACUAACUAUCGUAAUGGUCAUCAACAAAAUUCCACAGGAAGCAAAUUACAGCCAAAUACACUUUCGAAUCCUGAUCAGUUCUGGAGGAAAGUUAUCGACAAUCAACAUGAAUUUCUCAAAGAAAAUGAUUGUAAUGAGAUCGACAAAGUGUUCAACAUGGACCGAGCAUUGUUCAGCGAUUUCGAUUAUGACAAAGACUUCGAUCAAUACAGAGAAACCAUGAGUUCAACUGAAUAUCUUUUAUCCAAAGACAAAUAUAUUCAUCCUGAAACCGAAUACUCUGUUGUAAUUAAGCAAAAUUCUCAUUUGUACAGUUUAGUUGAGAGUAUGACCAAUAAUAAUCAAUAUAAAAAUGGUUCGACAGCAAGCAAUCAUCGAAUGAAACGGAAAUUCUCUACCAUGUCAAAUGGUUCUAAUUCAGUGCAGAUCGAUCAAUCAAUUUUCGAUUUGCUUCGACGAGAUAAUCAUGUUUUUUCAUCGAAAUAUGCAGAAUUACAACAUCGCCUUGCUGAAUGUCUCAGCAUCGAACGUUUAGCACUUGAUCGUGCACGAAAACAAUGCAAAAUGGAUACUAUUCGCCUGGAUUUGAGUAUGAUUGACGAUAAAAUUCUCGAAAUCACAAAUUCUAUUCGUCAACGUAAACGUCCAAGUGAAAAUGCCAUAUCAUUAUGUAAACCGAUAAGUCCAUUGGAUAACAAUUCUAAUCAGCAACAGCAUUCGAAUGGAAAUAGCGAAAGUGACGCAUGGCGAAAAGGUCGUCGCCAGUCAACACUUCGCGUUUACGAUGAAUUAGCACGAUUGGUUGAUGAACGAAUCGAAUUAGAAAAACAUCUCAUAGAUACAUAUCCAUUUGUAUAA